AUGGAGGGCAUUGGCAAGGCGGUGUGGACGGGCGUGCUGCUCGUGUUGCUAGCACUGGUUGCGAAGCUAUGGCGAUCGAUUGUCACCAGGUUCUGGCUGGAGCCAAGAUCGCUCGACGCAAGGAUUCGAAGCCAGGGUAUCGAGGGGCCACCAAGGACUUUCAUGGCCGGCAACAUGCUCCAGGUGAUGAAGAUGAGAGAUACUGGCAAGGAGCGGGACAUGGAAGGCUUGAAUCACGACAUUGUGAAGCAUGUGUUGCUGGAUUACCACCAGUGGUCCAAGGAAUAUGGAAAGAGGUAUUGCUACUGGUGGGCGACGGAGCCCAGGAUCAUGGUCACGGAGCCCGAGCUCAUCAGAGAAGUUCUUGCCAAGAAAGUUACCCAGUUUGAGAAGUCGGACAUAAUGGUUUCCGGACUGGUCUCCAUAGUUGGCCGAGGGCUCGUUGCCGUGAGAGGUGACGAGUGGAGCUACCAUCGACGUGUUGUGGCUCCAGCUUUUUACCUAGAGAAGCUCAAGAAAAUGGUGCCCCGUAUCGGACUGUGCGCGCUCGAGAUGCUAGACAGGUUGGAAGAAGCGCUCCGCGAGCAGCCCGAGAUUGAAAUGAGCAGUGAAUUCUCAAAGCUAACCGCAGACAUUAUCUCCCACACGGCAUUCGGAAGCAGCUAUCUCAAAGGCCAGAAGGUCUUCGAAACCUUGAGAGCAAUCCCAGAGCAGCUUUCGAAGGUCGAUCGAUACAACUAUAUACCAGGCAAAAGAUUCCUUCCGUUUCCAGCAAACUUUCGAUUGAGAAAGCUCUACAGCGACCUCGACUCGCUGCUGCUGGCCCUGAUCAAGGAGCGGCGAGCUCAGAGUGGCCAGAGUCAUGACUUACUGGGGCUGAUGCUUGCCGAGUGUGGAAACUCUUCUUUUGACGAUCGGGCCGUGAUGGAGGAGUGCAAGACUUUCUACUUUGCUGGCCACGAGACGACGGCAACUCUGCUCACCUGGUCCAUAACGCUACUGGCUUUGCACCGGGAAUGGCAGGAGCGCGCUCGCGCCGAGGCCCAGGAAGUCUGCGAAGGUGCCACUCCAGAAGCCGAUUCAAUCAGCAAGCUCAAGCUGAUCAACAUGAUCCUCCACGAAACUCUCCGCCUGUAUCCACCGGUGGUGGUGAUGAUGCGAUCGUGCUUCGAGGACACCAUACUGGGAGAUAUCCUCGUCCCAAAGGGAGCGGCGGUCUCCUUUCCAAUCCUCGCCAUCCACCACGACAAGGAGCUCUGGGGGGAGGACGCCCACGAGUUCAAUCCGGAGCGUUUCAAGGAUGGUGUCACCAAGGCGUCCAAGCACCCGAACGCAUUCAUGCCGUUUUCACUUGGCCCCCGGGUGUGCGUCGGCCAGUCCUUUGUACUCAUGGAAGCCAAGAUCGCCUUGGCCACCAUUCUCCAGCGCUUCCGGUUUCGGUUGUCGCCAUCGUAUCGCCACUGCCCGGUGUUCAAACUUACGCUCAGACCUCGCCACGGUCUUCCUCUCGUCAUGGAGAAAAUAUAAUGGCCUGGUUGAUCAAAAUCAGUAGUGCAAGGUAAAAUAAUUUGUUAUGGUAAUGUUUGGUUUUGAUUAAUAGUAGUUUAGUACCAUUUAUUAAAUAAUAGACAGUUUAUAAUUAUAAACAUGUUUAGAAUUUAUAAAUAAUUUUCUGCAGAUUAUAUGCAGCAA